CUGUUACAUGCUCACCACUGGAAGAAGAUUCCUAACCAUCCUCCACAGGUUCAAGAACCUUCCAUGCCGGCCAUCACUCCUCUCUUCCAGAACCAAGUAUCAUCAUCAUCAUCUUACUUCCCGCUCUGUCCCAAGUACUUGCCUUGCCACAACCCGUGUUGUGUGUUCAUGUUGUUGUUACGUCCCAGACUCACAUUUUGAUGCGUGUUUUGUCGGUGUCUUAGCCAUCUGUUGUUCUGUCUUGAAAAUCAUUUCCUCCCUGUCUGUCUCUGCCUAAAUCAGAAGAAUAAAUAAAGAGAGAGAGACUUUGCUUCAAAGUUUCUUAUUUAUUUUAUUACAAAUAUAAUAUUCCUCCAUAUUUGGGAUGUUGGUUCUAUUCUUGAACAUGUGUAUGUGCCUCUAUCUGUCGCUUCCCUUUAACGUUUUCUUAGAUGUUUUGUUUCUUUCCCUCUUUUCUCUAUUCCUUUUUAUCUUUUUUGUUUCUCUCUUCUUCUUUUCUUUGUUCCUUAAUUAUUUGAGGUUCCUAUAUUUCUCUAUCUCCUCUUCUGCAGCCUCUCAUUUUGAUUCAUCCUCUCUGGCUUACUGCUCGUCGUUUCUAUUUGCAUUUUUGCAUCAUGGAUCGUGAUUUUCAUCGUCGUGGCCAAAAGGUGAAUGAUCGUUCACCGACCAGCCGCUUUGUUCGGUUGGAUAAACCGAGAUCUGUAGACAAUCUUGACAUAGGCAAGAAAGGUAAGAUGCGUAGGUGGUUGUGUUGUUCAUGUCAUGUACAAGAAUCUAAACACCCUUCAUCUGAACAUAACCGAUCCAAAACCCCUCCUACACGCUACCAAGACUACGGACGUAACAAUAAGAAACCACCAGCUCCUAUGAAGCCUCCUUCCGUCUUGAAGGAGCCUACUACUAUUGAAGUCCCUGCAAUGUCAUUAUCUGAGCUCAAAGAAAAAACUGAGAGUUUUGGAUCAAAGGCUUUGAUCGGAGAAGGAUCCUAUGGAAGAGUGUACUACGCAAACUUCAAUGAUGGCAAAGCCGUGGCUGUGAAAAAGCUCGAUAACUCAUCAGAACCAGAGACAAACGUCGAGUUCUUGACUCAGGUCUCAAAGGUUUCUAGGCUAAAGAACGACAACUUUGUUCAGCUUCUUGGUUAUUGUGUCGAAGGAAACCUUCGUGUACUUGCCUAUGAGUUCGCCACAAUGGGAUCCUUACACGACGUCUUACACGGAAGAAAGGGAGUACAAGGAGCACAACCAGGUCCAACACUUGAGUGGAUGCAACGAGUCAGAGUUGCGGUUGAUGCAGCUAAAGGAUUAGAGUACUUACACGAGAAAGUUCAGCCUCCUGUUAUACACAGAGACAUUCGUUCUAGCAACGUGCUUCUUUUCGAAGACUUCAAAGCCAAGGUUGCUGAUUUCAAUCUAUCUAACCAAGCUCCUGACAUGGCUGCUCGUCUUCAUUCCACUAGAGUCUUGGGGACAUUUGGUUAUCACGCACCAGAAUAUGCAAUGACAGGACAGUUGACACAGAAGAGUGAUGUUUACAGUUUUGGAGUUGUGCUUUUGGAGCUACUAACCGGGAGAAAACCGGUUGAUCAUACAAUGCCACGUGGUCAGCAAAGUCUUGUCACUUGGGCAACUCCAAGGCUGAGUGAAGACAAAGUGAAGCAAUGUGUUGAUCCAAAACUCAAAGGAGAGUAUCCUCCUAAAGCAGUUGCAAAGCUUGCGGCGGUUGCAGCGUUGUGUGUGCAGUACGAAUCAGAGUUUAGGCCAAACAUGAGCAUUGUAGUGAAAGCUCUUCAACCGCUCUUGAGGUCUUCAGGGACAGCUUCUGCUGCUGCUCGAAGAGCUCAAACUUGAGUUUUUCUUGGUUGAUGCAAGUUGAUUCAUUCAUGGCCACAGGGUUUACCGUCGACGGAAUGUGAAGGAGGAGAUAGUGAGAAAAGUUGAUGGAGAUGGACUUAAGACUUCUGAUUCAGUGACUUUAUACAAAAUCAUAAUUAUACGUACAUAGCUUUUAUGUUCAUUUAAAAGAAUCAUCCAAGACACUAUACUAAAGAGUAAAUAUGUUUCAGUAACCUCUGUCAUUUGAUUAACAAACAUCCUGUUAAAUUUUUGAUUAUGACACAUAUUUGUCCACAUUUGUUUUAUUUUGUCACUAGAAAUUGAAAAAUUGGUGUCAAAGCAAUAUAAGACAUUGAGAGCUGGUUGUUUAGAAAAUUAAUAAAAAAGAUAAUUUUUUAUUUAUUUAUGUACUUUCUUACACUGACACUUGGUGGUGACUGUGACAGACCAAUAAGGUUUGAGAAUGAGUGGCAAUGAAGUUAUGAAGCUUUAGUCAGGAUGACAUGUCAUGCGGGUGACGAAAGCUUAUAAUUAAUUGGGAAGUAUAUUUUUUUUUUGGAAACACAUAUUCUAUUACCACCAAUUGAGAAGUAUAUUAUUCCACAUAGUAUUACCGAUGCCAUAAAACAUAAGAUAGUUGUGUGAAUCAUAAAAAAAUGCACAUUGUUAUGUACUAUUUAUGUGAUGUUAAGACCCAUAAACCAUUUUUUUUUAUUCUGGUCAAACUUAUGUUGGACCAUGAACUUAUGUUGAUUUAUUUGCUAUCUAGUUUUGCGUCUUCUUCAAGUUAUGCUUCUUCUCCAAGUUCAACCUUUUGUUUUGUUGUACUCCUUUAUCGAAUAAGACACAGACCACUUCUUAAAAUAGUAUAAUAGCCGUUCGGGCAAGAACUCUUUGGUCUCUUCCAUUCCUUUUUUUU